AUGACUGCCCCGUCGCUACCCACGUCCACGCGACGCGGAGCGCUCAUCGUCGUGGAGGGCCUCGACCGCGCUGGCAAGUCGAGCCAAUGCGAAAUGCUACGAAACUACCUCGCUGAGCAAGGCCACGACGUGAAAUAUAUUCGGUUUCCAGACAGGACCACGCCCAUCGGGAAGCUCAUAAAUAGCUAUCUCCUCGGCUCCGCCAACCAAGACGACCACUCUAUCCACCUUCUCUUCUCCGCGAACCGUUGGGAGAUCGCCAAAAGCAUCGAAGAAGACAUUGCCGCCGGCAUCACCGUUAUCGUUGACCGCUACUCAUACUCUGGCGCCGUGUACUCGGCCGCGAAAGGCAACCCCACGCUCUCGCUGGAGUGGGCCUGGCAGCCGGAGAUCGGGCUGCCGCAGCCCGAUCUCUGCCUGUUCCUCAAUAUCUCCGCGGAAGAGGCUGCGAAGCGCGGCGGGUUCGGCGCGGAGCGGUACGAGAAUGAGGGUAUGCAGGCCCGCGUGCGGGAAUUGUUCCGCGCGCUGUUUGAGCGACAGAAGGAUGUUGCUGUAGUUGAUGCUGGGAGAGCGCUCGAAGAGGUCUCGCGCGAUAUUCAGGCUGCUGUGUCGGGCUGUGUUGCGCGGUUGGAUGCUGCUGGGUCACUCAGGACGUUGGGCCCGCUUGCCAACUAA